AUGAGACAAAAGAGCAGUCCAGACCAGGAUUUUGGCUCUAGAAACGAGCCAGAUUCGGCUGGUUUCAACGCCAAAUCUUCAGCAUUCUGUGUGCUCAACCUGCUGUUUCUGGCCAAUGCAGCCAUCGGUAUCUGGAUACUGGUCAAGGAGCCUUCACUCGGAAGAGCAGGAUUGUUGCUCCUAAUUGUAGGAGAAAUGGUUUUUGGAAUAGCUCAGAUUGUGAGAAGUCUAAGGCGAAAUUUUUUGCAUGCAAUUGAUGCUAUUUCUGCUCUUUCAUCAAUCGUUGCAGCCCUAGUAUCCACCGCAGGCAUACUAAUUUUGCUGCACAAACUGGUGAUUGCAAAAUACCAUAUCAGCACACCCAAAGUCCAAUAUUUGUUCUACACACUCUUGGCAAUCAUGUUGAACUCGCAAAUGCUAAAGGGCGCCGCUCUGUUGAGCUGCUGGAACAGUCUCACUGCCAAACCCGAAUCCCAUUCUGACGAUCAAAACACCGAGAGUUCGGUCAAUUCAAGAACAAAAAUUAGUUUCAAGCCCUCGGCAUACACGCUGGUGGACAAUCGUGCAAAUCAGUAUGACGAGAACUGGAUGUCGUCCAAACCAUGGCAUGUGGAUAGCGUUGACAGAGAUGUCUUGAAGUACCAGAAUUUUGAAAGCGAAUCAGACGAGAACUCGGUAGAUAUACGACGCCAUUCAGAGAGAUACACAGAAGUUUUAUUACCGCCAUUCUUACAGCCUGGCCAUACGAUCCAAGAGGUGGAGACUGCGUCUCAAACCACAUCACAAUCAGAAUACCAUUUAGACGCGGAUCUUUCAGAAAUACCCAAACCCGCCGAGGAAAUCCCCUGGAAUGAUUUUAAUACUUAUCUUUCACCAUCAAAGUCCUCAGUUCCCGAGAAACAGAACCAUAUUUCACUGGAGGCAUGGAACAACAACUCGGAUGCCUGGCUGGCUAACAGAGAGAGGCUCGGAACACCUUCUGCACUGCUUUUGAUGGCAGGUCAAAACAAGUUGUCAAGUAUUCCAGAACUCCAGCCACCCGUGAAAGUGGUUGCGAGACCAAAAUACGAGAGGUCCAUUAGUGCGCCGUCUCUCAUGUCUUCCAGCAGCAGAGGCCAGGCCUCUAGUUCGGCAACAGCCAUUUCCGGAAAAGACGAGAUCGAAGAGUUCGUGGAAAAUACAAUGCGCAGAACCAUGUCCAUGCGCAAAUUGUCUGCAACCUCAAUGUACGACACCCAGAUCACCGCGGUGUCGGUGCCGAGUCUGGCUUCCACCGAGAAGAGAUCCAGAUCAGGAACAGGUGCGGCUCAUGCACAGCCAAGGUCUCGCUCCACAUCGCCCUUCAAGAGGCUUCGGGAUAUCACCGGCGAGCUGAAAAACUCGAUGAAAUCUUCACCGAGUCGGGAAAAAUUACGCGGAGGACACACUCAUCAAAACUCAUCCUGUAAUUUUUGCUACUUGCAUUCGAUCCAGAAUUCGCCUACGAAAUCGCCUACAAAAUCGCCCACCAAGUCACACGGACCAACCAGAUCGGUAUGUUCAGUCUCGACCUCAAUGAAGAGCCCCAUCAAGGCUAAGGCUGCCGAAAGACUGACGAGACUGCGCGACGAAGUGGAGGGCAGCCCCAAGAGUAACUGGUCUGAGACCAGUGAGACCAGCACGGUUCCAUCGAUAGCCGUUGGGCAGUACGAUAAGGAAAAGUGGAGGACUUUGAAGCAGAUGCGGGAGGAAGCAGGGGAGAAUACGAGGUAA